AUGAAGGAAAGGGAGGUUAGGAGGACAUGGAUGCACAUAGAUAUGGACAUGUUUUAUGCUGCGGUAGAAAUAAGAGAUAAUCCUAGUCUAAAGAAAAAGCCUGUUGCUGUUGGAGAUAAUACUAUGAUCACAACUACAAACUACAUUGCUAGAAAGUAUGGUGUAAAGAGUGCCAUGCCUGGAUUUAUAGGCAGAAAGCUUUGUCCACACUUAGUUUUUAUCAAGCCAAAUUAUCCCAAAUAUAGAUAGGCUUCAGAUCAAUUUAAGAGAAUUCUUGCUAUAUAUGAUCCUAAAUUAGAGAGCGUGGGACUUGAUGAGGCAAAUUUGGAUCUUACAGAUUAUUUAGUAGACAAUAAGAUGGAUAAUGAUCUUGGAAAAAUAUUCAUAGCUUAAAAGAUACGUGAAUAAAUUUUUAUGGAUAUGGGUAUGACAGCAAGUGCAGGUAUCGCUUGCAAUAAAAUGCUGGCUAAAAUAUGUUCAGAACUUAAUAAACCGAAUGGUUAGACCUAUAUGUAUAAUGAUGAAGUUGAAAUACUAAAAUUUAUGAUGGACUUGCCUGUAAGGAAAAUUCCAGGAGUUGGUAAAGUUAAUGAGCAUAUAUUAUCUGGUUUAAAUAUUUAUUCAUGCAAAGAUCUAGUUGAAAAAGCAACAGAGGUAUAUGUUACUUUUACAGAAUAUGCCUUUCAAUUUUUAGUAAAGAGUGCUCUAGGUAUGGCUAGAGUCAUGCAUGAGAAAGAGGAAGGAGUAGUAGCUCAACGAAGUAUGGGAGUAAGCUGUACAUUUAGACCAAUUCAUAGAUACAAUUAAUUCAGAGAAAAGCUAUUUAGAUUAGCUGCUGAACUUGAAUCUAGAGCUCACUAAAAUAAAGUCAUGGGAAAGACUUUAGUCCUAGAAUUUAAGAGUUUUAAAUUUGAGACUAAGAUUAAAUCAAUGACUUUUCCCCAUUAUCUCUACAGCUAGAAUCAAUUCAAGAAAUAUGGUAUCUUGCUAUUAAACUAAGCAUGGCCAAUUGAAGCUAUCAGGUUGAUGGGCUUGAGAUUAUCAAAUAUGAGAGAUCGUAGGAAAGACAAAGGCGUCAAAGUAUGUCCUGAGGUUCAAAUAAAUGAUGCUGAUUUGAUUGAACCACCUGGAGGUCCUGAUGGGAAUUAACAAGAAACAUAGGACUAAGGAGAUGGAGGAAAUAAUUAAGAAGAAGAUAAGAUUGUUUUUAGUGAUACAAUGCAUCAUCCAUCAAACGAUUAGAAUAAUGCAAAUCUUGACGAUGAAGGCAUAGAAGAUCCAGAAAUUGAAUAAAAGCACGACGAGGAAAACAUGAAGCAUGCCAAAGAGAAGUUGUUUAAGUAAAAAUAUGGUCCAGGGGAAAAGAAGAAAAAGAAAAUCAAAGGGGAAAAGGAAAUCCUGUCUGAGAAUAGUAGAUCUAUCUAAUCUUGGAAUAAUGUGCCAAGAUUCCAUAUGGAUAAAAUAAUGGGAAAGAGUGAGAAGGAGAAGCGUUAAGAGAGAGUUCAGAAAAUACUGAAGAAGUAGAAUCAGAGAGGAAUUGAAAGUUUUAUGAAUGAGUCUGAUAAAUAUCUAAGCAAAAGUGAUCACUUUGUCAAGUAAUUUGAGGAACUGAGCAAAAUCAAGAACAAAAACGAUGGAAUAAACAAUUGUAGACAAAUUAGAAACAAAUUAAAAAAGAAAGAGGAAAGACAGCAGAAAGAUAUAGAUAGCGGAAUGUUUGGAGUUCCCAAGUCUUUUAAGCCAAUCUGA